AUGAAGACAAUUUUGCUAGUGUUAACAAUUAUAUUUUGUUCUAAAGCAUGGGCAAAGUUAUACUUAGAUAAAAAGGUUAAGUUUCCAUUAGAUACAGAUUUGUAUGAAAGAGUAUUAGAUAAACAGGAAUGUCAGAGGCAACUGAAAUAUAUUCAGCAAAAUGAUUCCUUACUGAUGGCUAGAUUUUUGGAUUCCGGAAUGAGAGUACCAAGAGGUAUUUUAAAAGGAAACUUAGUAGAUCUAGGAAAUUAUCCACAAUGUCUUGAAAUACAUAGCUUUGUGAAAGAUAUGUCAAUAGAAGGAAAAUUUUGCAUGAUAAAGGUACCAGUAAACCAAAAUUUACAGUUGCCACCUCCAUUUAAAAACUUUACAUCUAAUUUUGACCCAGGAGCAUUACGCAUACAUACCAAAGUAUUUGAAAAUCUUAGGGAUUAUACAAGAAAUAUGGAAAAAAUAAGAGCUACAUUUGGCGGUGAAUUGACAGAUUUUAGGAAUGAUGAAAGUAAUUCUUUUUCAUCACUCACAUUUCAUUUGGCAAUGUGUGUCCCUAAAGUGUGUACAACAGAAGAAACUAUAGCAGGACUCUUAUUCAAUAUGACAGCCGUAGGAUUUGAAUAUGAAGAUGAUUAUUGUCGACUUCCAAAUGACAAACCAUGGGCACUAGUAGAUUAUGUAGCAGUAAUGAUAUUUUCAAUUCUAGGUCUUUUGAUAUGCAUUUGUACGUAUUAUGACGUUAAUCAUAACAUUUUAUCUCAAAAAGAUCCAAAAGAAGCAAACGAGAUCUUGAUAGCCUUUUCAGCUUUGAAAAACUGCCGUCAACUUCUAGUUAUAAAACCAAAUCCUAACAAUAUAAACUGUCUGGAUGGUAUCCGUUCUUUAGCUAUUUUUUGGGUGAUAGUUGGUCAUGUCUUUUAUAUCAUAGGCUUUAUACCAGCUAAUCCAAUCGACACUGUGAAUUGGUCACAAUCGUAUGAAUCGCUUUGGAUCACAACAGCAACGCUCACAGUGGAUACGUUUUUCUUAUUAAGUGGAUUACUUCUCGUUUAUAUUACGGCAAAAAAGCUUACGGGAAGAGAAUUAAUAAAAAACCUACCAUUUUUUUAUCUCAAUCGCCUUUUGCGAAUGUUUCCUUUACUGGCAGCUGUAGUGCUUUACGAAGCAUCAUUCUCAAAUCGCGUAGCAGAUGGUCCAUUAUGGAAUCGAUUUAUGGUUAAUAAUGCACAUAAAUGCCGAACAUUUUGGUGGACUACUUUACUACACUUGCAAAAUUUUAUAAACCCACAACAAGCAUGCGUCGGUGUAACAUGGUACCUGGCUAUCGAUGUACAACUUCACAUAUUAUCACCAAUAGUGUUAUAUUGGGUUCUCGGAAGAUCUAAAGCUUCAGCGUGGACAGCUCUUACAACUGCUGUAUUCUCAUCUCUUGCGGCCUCAACUAUAUAUAUUUUUUUAAGCGAGCCAUUGAAAGAAACUUUAAACAAUUACAUAUACUACUACGUUAAUAUCUUAACCCGUGCUCCACCAUUUUUUGUGGGAUUAGUAUAUGGAUAUAUGCUACAUUUGUGGCGGAAAAGGAGAGCAAAAAUUCAUACUAUUGUGCAUAGUUUUAUAACUUCUUUUUUUAUUUGCCUAUUGAUUAUUAUUUUAUACUGCAAAUUUAAAGGUGAUCAAGUUGAUUUUGAAAACAAUACAAUGAAGAGUCUGUUCCUUUCUUUUUUACGUCCUUUGUGGUCUUUAUCUCUUGGAUGGAUUAUUUUUGCCUGCGUUAAUGGAUACGGAGGUAUUUGUACUAAUAUAUUUUAUUUUAUUGGUCCUAUAAACUGGUUCCUGUCUCUGAAUGUUUGGAUAAUUCCAGCUCGUAUUUCCUAUGCGAUGUACUUGAUACAUAUGUCUGUGAUGUUUGCUGUUUAUUCGACUACAUUACAACCGGUCUAUUUCACUGUUGGAUCUGCGAUGUUUGAUGCAUUCGGUUUCCUAUGGUUAUCAAUGUUUGUAGCUUUCUUCUUAACAGCACUCAUUGAUGCACCAUUUGCUAUUCUUUUCAAGAAGCUAUUUGAAUGUAAGCUAAUCAUCCUUUGUUUCAUCUGA